AAUUCAACCGAGAAUAAUGGGGUUCUUGUGUUCUCUUGCUUUCUCCAUACAGUUUCUUCUUCUCUUCUAAUCCUCCCUGUUCACAAACUGUUUUACUUUGAAUGAUUCAACUACUACUCAUCAUCAUGAAUGCCAUCAACAUGAAAGCAAUGCCUUGCUCAGCUUUAAACAAAGCUUCUUCAUAAGUAAGUCUGCUUCCCAUAAUCCUUUCAGUUAUCCUAAAACUCUUUCUUGGAUUCCAACCACAGAUUGCUGCUCCUGGGAUGGCAUUGAAUGCGAUGAACUCACACGUCAUGUCAUUUCCAUUGAUCUUAGUAGCAGCCUGCUCUACGGUUCCAUGGAUCCCAAUAGCACCCUUUUCUCACUUGUGCAUCUUCAAAGCCUUGAUCUUUCAGACAAUGACUUCAAUCACUCGCAAAUUCCAGCCAGGAUAGGUCAUUUGUCACAACUGAGGCAUUUGCAUAUUUCUCAAUUUAGAGAAAGUACAUUGUCAGGUGAAGUCCCAACUCAAAUUUCCCAUUUGUCCAACUUGUUGUCCCUUGAUCUUCGCAGCUAUAUUGACCAGCUUGAUUAUCCAUUAAUCAACCGUUUACAACUGAAGGAAUCCACUCUGCGAAGCUUAAUUCAAAACUCAACAAGACUUGAACAACUUCGCCUUAAUUUUAUCACCAUUUCAUCAUCUUUACCUCACACGCUCACAAACCUUACAUCUUUGCAAAAACUCUCUUUUCGCCAAUGUGAACUACAUGGGCACAUUACCUGCAUCCAUUGGAAACCUGACCAAUUUAGCUCACUUGAUUCUUGAAGAUAAUAGCUUUCAUGGAUUGAGUGGGUGCAAUUUAAAUGGAGAAAUUCCAACUUGGAUAAUGAAUCUAACCACUUUAAAUUACCUGGUCCUUUCCCGUAAUGAUCUUCAAGGUGAAAUUCCAUAUUUCCUCUUCAAGUUAGAGAAUCUUGCAAUACUUGAUCUAGUUGAUAAUAUGUUGGAAGGACAAAUCGAGCUUGACAUGCUUUCAAAGCUCAAGAAGCUUACUGCACUUGGUUUAGGUGGAGGCAACAAAUUGUCUUUUCAUGAAGGGAACAACACUUCCAACGUAACAUUUCCUCCUCAAAUUCAAGUGUUGCAUUUAAGAUCAUGUAACAUUGUUCAUUUUCCCAAUUUUAUACAACACUUGCAAGAGUUGACUACUCUUUCCAUAUCAAACAACAACAUAAAGACAAUACCGAGUUGGUUAUGGAACAAAACAACUCUUGAGAGUUUGGAAGUUUCCAACAACCUAUUGAUGGGAGAUAUAUCCCCCUCCAUAUGCAACCUGCAGUCACUUGUGGAACUUGAUUUAUCUUCCAACAAUUUAGUUGGCAUGAUUCCAUCAUGUUUGGGAAGCUUUAGCCAAUCCCUUCAACUUUUGAAUGUCUCAGGAAACAAAUUGACAGGCAAUCUUCCUCAAAUUUAUGUUAAAAGAAAUGUCCUUCAGUUGAUCGAUUUUAGUUCUAACAAGUUGUACGGUCAAUUACCAAGAGCACUUGUCAAUUGCAGAAUGCUAGAGUUUCUUGAUGUGAGACAUAACCAUUUCAAUGACUCAUUUCCUUUCUGGUUGGGAUCUCUUCCUAAGUUAAAGGUUCUUUCUUUACGUGGUAAUGAAUUUCACGGAGCUAUAAUGUGUCCAUUGAAAUACACAUUUCCCCAUCUUCGAAUCAUUGAUCUUUCUCAAAAUGGUUUCUCGACGAAAUUGACAUCAGAAAUAAUCAUGUGCUUCAAAUCGAUGAUCAUAUCCAACAAAAGGCAACUGGAUUUCAAGGACGUGAUUCAUAGUGGCAUUGAGGAAAUAGAUAUUGACUCGCAUCCAUUUUCAAUGUCCAACAAAGGAGUUGUCAUGGAUUAUCUUGGGAGUCAAUACCUUCAUCACAUGGUAGCCAUUGAUCUUUCAUGUAACAAAAUUUCGGGAGAGAUUCCAGAUAUCAUGGGAAGUUUGAAUGGUCUUGUUGUGCUCAAUUUGUCCAAUAACAUGUUUACUGGCAGCAUUCCAUCUUCCUUCGGAAAGCUUUCAAAUCUUGAAGUGCUUGACCUUUCUCUCAAUAACUUGUCAGGGAAUAUUCCUCAACAACUCACAGGGCUAACCUUCUUGGAUUUCUUCAACGUGUCUUUCAACAAUCUCUCAGGUCCAGUACCAGAAAAUGGCCAACUUUCUACCUUUGAUAAUAAUUCAUUUGAGGGAAAUAAAGAUUUGUGCGGGAUUCAAUUGUUGAAGAAAUGUGAAGAUCAUCCUAAGCGUCCAUUGCAAAAACCUGAUGGUGAUCAAGAUUCUGAGUCAGGAUCUUUCUUUGAAUUUUGUUGGAUGGUAAUUCUAAUUGGAUAUGUGGGUGGCCUUGUUGCUGGGUUAGCACUGGGAAAUGCUUUUUCGGUAAAUGUUUAUAGGUUGCUGAAAAAGAUCUUUUAAGUCAAAAGCCUAGAUGUUGCUCUUUUCAUGUGUGUAAUCUUAGAUUAUUUUUAUUUUUCUGUUUGCAUUUAAAGUUAUUGUGUUUCUCUUACGUAAAGCCAAAUAA